GCGGUGCAUCUCAGACACACAGAAACAGAGCGAAGUGUGUGUGUGUGUGUGAGAGUGUGUGUGUGUUUAAGCAGACAUUGUGGUUGUGUUGUGGACCAGCUCCGCGGUGUGAUCAUGCUGAAGGUGUUUGUGGAUCUGAUGUCACAGCCAUGUCGCGCUCUCUUCAUCUUCCUCACCGUCAAUAAAAUCCCGCACACUGUGCACACCGUGGCGCUGCGGAAAGGACAGAACAAGACUCCAGAGUUCACUAAACUGAACCCGAUGCAGAAAGUUCCAGUCAUGGAGGAAGACGGCUUUGUCCUCACAGAGAGUGACGCCAUACUGAAAUACCUGACCGCUGCCUACAGCGUCCCGGACCACUGGUAUCCACGGCAACCGCAGAAGAGGGCGAGAGUGGAUGAGUACACAGCCUGGCAUCACAUGAACACACGCCUCCAUGCCUCCAAAGUGUUCAUCACAGAGGUGUUAAUACCACGGAUGACAGGACAGCCGGUAGACGAUGUUAAACUGCAGCGCGCUCUGAGGGAAAUGGACGAGACUCUGGACAAACUGGAGACGAUGUUCCUGAAGGAGAAGGACUUCCUGUGUGGUGAUGACAUCACACUGGCCGACCUGCUUGCUGUCUGUGAGCUCAUGCAGCCCUUGGGUGGAGGCAGAGACGUGCUGGUGAAUCGGCCGAGGCUGAAGGAGUGGAAGAGUAGAGUUCAGUCUGCGCUCGGUGACUCGUUUGACCACGCCCAUAAAAUCCUGUACAGACUGAGAGAUAAACACAUCAGCAAACUCUAACACACACACAUACACACACACAGAGGAUUGGGUCUCACUAUGUGGCAGAUGUUUAGGUGGAUCAAAUAAGAGCUACGAAAUGAAAAAUCAAGAGACAGGAAACAUUACUGUCAAGAAGUAAUUUUAAAACUUUACUUUCAGAUUUGUUAUGAUGAAAUAAUUUUCCUUAUGUGAACACAGUGUAGCUACUGCUCAUUAAUAUUCAUUAUAGACUUAUGAAUAUUCAAAACAUUCAACUGAAUGUAAUCCAACAGUCUAGAAUACUUUCAGUGUUUGGUGCCUUUUUCAAUAAAAACCUGAAUCCUCUAUAAAA